UUGCCUUUUCUUUUUCUUUUCUUCUUCUUUUUUUUUAAAUACAAAGGCCUUUAGAAAGUAAUUUCCCACAUAAUAAUUUUCAGGACCCGAAUUUUUUGAAUCUCAGAUUGGGACUUUUGUUUGCUCUUCGCACUUACUAAACAUGGCCUGAUAGUUUAAUGAUUGACAACUUUCAAACUUAGUGAAGAUAUGAUGCCCAUGAAGCUUCUUGGUAGCAAGAGUGUUGGUGUAUGAAGUUUUACUAUCACUAUAAUAGAAAUGGAGAACUAUGGAAAGAUGUCUCCUGAGUGGGCAGAAGCAUCCAUAAAUUCUGAAAAAGAAUCAGCUAUUAAUGAAACCAUGACAGCAUGUGAGAGGGGGCUCUCUGUGAAGACCCCUGUUUGUGAGCAAGUAAAUAAACCACUGAAGGGAAAAGUGUCUGAAGAUGCUCUUCUGGGGGAAAAUUCUGCUUGUGUGGAAGAUAAUCCUUCUAGGAAAAGAAAACUUGCUAAUGAAAUUGCCUCAGAGGAAAAGGGUUCUGGUGAUGAUGAAGGCAUUUCAGUGAAAAGAAAGAAAGAAACAGAUAAUGUUCCAAAAGAUGAAACUUCCACUGGAGAUACUAUGCAGAAAAAGAGGAAAAUAGAACCCGAGGAUGUUCCUACAAAGAGACAGAAACUAGAAGAAGGACACAGCUCAGCAGUGGCUGCCCACUAUAAUGAACUACAGGAAGUUGGUUUAGAGAAGCGUAGUCAAAGUCGUAUCUUUUACCUAAGAAACUUUAAUAAUUGGAUCAAAAGCGCUCUUAUUGGGGAAUUUUUAGAAAAGGUGCGGCAGAGAAAAAAACGGGAUAUCACCGUUUUGGACCUGGGUUGUGGGAAAGGUGGAGAUUUGCUCAAAUGGAGAAAGGGAAGAAUUAGCAGACUGGUCUGUGCUGAUAUUGCGGAUGUUUCUAUCAAACAAUGUCAGCAGCGCUAUGAAGACAUGAAAGGUCGUCGUGAUAAAGACCUUCUUUUUAAUGCAGAAUUUAUAACUGCUGACUGUUCAAAGGAACUUUUGGUUGAAAAAUUUCGUGAUCCGGAAAUGUGCUUUGACAUCUGCAGCUGUCAAUUUGCUUGUCAUUAUUCCUUUGAGUCCUUGGAGCAGGCUGACAUGAUGCUGAGAAAUGCUUGUGAGAGGCUUAGCCGAGGGGGCUAUUUUAUUGGCACCACUCCCAAUAGUUUUGAACUGAUCAAACGUCUUGAAGCUUCAGAAACAGAAUCAUUUGGAAAUGAUAUAUAUACUGUGAAAUUUGAGAAGAAAGGAAAUUAUCCUUUAUUUGGCUGCAAAUAUGACUUCAACUUGGAAGGUGUUGUGGAUGUCCCUGAAUUCUUGGUCUAUUUUCCAUUGUUAACUGAAAUGGCAAAGAAGUACAACAUGAAGCUAAUCUACAAAAAAACAUUUCUGGAAUUUUAUGAAGAAAAGAUAAAGAACAAUGAAAAUAAAAUGCUGUUAGAACGUAUGCAUGCACUGGAGCCAUAUCCUGCAAAUGAAAGCUCUAAACUAGCCUCUGAAAAGGAAGGUGACUAUGAGCAUGCAGCAGAGUACAUGAAGAAGAGUCAAGUAAGGUUACCUCUGGGAACAUUAAGUAAAUCGGAAUGGGAAGCUACAAGUAUUUACUUGGUUUUUGCCUUUGAGAAGCAGCAGUGAGCACGUGGUCACCUCAGAGCAGCACUCCAUCCUGCAUAGGUUAAGCAGUCCAUUUCAGAGAGACAGGGCACCUGUCUGUUGGUUUUGUAGUGAGUUCUAAGGUGUAGAAUGCUUCCUGAAACUCCAGUGUAGAAACUCAACAUUUGCUGUCUGUGACAGAUAAAUGGUGUGUAUAUAUAUAUAUGUAUAUAUGAGAAGGAAUUGGGACCUUUGUCUUUAAAAUAUAUUUUUAAGUAAUGUUCUAAGGACUUAUUUCUCUCUGUUGUCAUAGUAACUGUAACAAGGCUUAGAAUUGGCAAAAGAUCUUAUUGGUUCAACUGUGUGCGCUCAUUUUGUUUUGUUACAUAGUGUACUUCAAGAUUACAUACAGUGUGUUCUGUACAUGUGAAUGCACGUAUUCAGUAUAUAUUGCUAAAGUUAUGUUUAAGAUUUGACUUUUGUUGUCAUAAGAGUUACUUAGCUAGAAUGUUACCGUAUUUCUAAUAAAAUAAUUAUUUGCUAAUAUCCUACAGUUUUGAGAUUCUUUAGAGCAUAGAUGGCAGAAUAGAUUGGGAAUGUUUUGGCUUUCUUCUAAGAAUUACCUACCAUAGUAAUUAAUAUAUCCUUGUAUUGAGAUUAUAAUUAGACCUGUUUAACUGUCCUUAUUGGGUAAUGAUGCCAUAAUUAAAAAUUUUCAAGAUUUAGUGAUAAUUCCUCCACUAUAAGGCUAUUGUAUAAUUUUUUUCAGAUAUAUAUAUAUAUAUGACUGUAAAGGGCAUGUUGGACCUGUAAGGCAGCUAAAUAGAUAGAGUUCAGAUUAAUUCUCACUGAUACUAGAGCUGCACUUUAUACCCUUUCCUGCCCCGAAUUAGCAUCCUGUGAACACCAGUACUUUACACAGUAGAGCUUAUUAUCUAUUAACCAUUCAAACCUUUACCUUCCAUUUCAGAACCAUUGAAAUUGUCAUUAAAUUGAUAGUUGAAUAAUUGACUCCUCUUCCAGAACUGAGGCCCCUGUGAACUGUUGUCCUUACAUUGUUUCUGCUUUUAGGAAACUUGCUAAGUGUUUAGAUGUACUAAGAAACUGAAGAGCAAAUCACAGUUAGGUAUUUAAAAAAAAAAAUCAUAGUUAAGGCAAAAUUUACAAACACCUUGCUAUAAAAAUCUUGAGAAUUUACAAAGCAUAGUUUUAAUUAGUUUCUAUAUUAGUUGUUUAUGAUCUUCAUGGACCAGCAUAUGUUUUAGCAAGAAAACAUUUAUUUCCUCCUCUGGCAGUGUGUCAGUUUUAGAAAAAUUAAGUCCUCUUUAGUGAUGGUUGAUGGUAAGUCACUUGGGAAGUUAAUAGCAGUAUUCUGACUGGUGGUUACCACUGCCUGGGGAAAGUUUGGUAGUGUUUUGGUAGAGGGCAAGGUGGGUUGGAAGGAGGACUUUGGCCAUCUAAUUAUAAUCUCAUUUGGCCAUUGAAUUAGAAAUUCAAGUAUGUUUUAUUUCUGGGAAGUGCCACUAAAUAUUUUGUUAGUUGUCAGGUACAGAAAUAAUUCCGUUACGGUUUUUAUUUCAUGGUCUUAGUUGAUGGGUAACUCGUGUGUUUUUAGUCUCUUUCUGUGCUUUCCAUUCUGUGAAUCAUUUUCAAAAGAUAAGUCUUGCAAAGGGAGUCGUUGAUAAUACAAAGCAGCAGGAAAAGAAAGAUGAAGUUCCACGGCCUGUGCUGAUGAGCUGGACUGGGUCUGCAAAGUGACUUUGGCCAUCAUGCCUGCUGCUGCUGAUACAAGAGAGCUUCCAUAAAGUCACCGCGUGGGGCACUGUUCCAGCAGCUCCCUGUUCCUUAAGCUUUUGCCUCUUCCACUGCCAUACCUCUCCAUGCUGAAGUUUUGUGCUUCCUCCACUCUCUUUCCUCUCCUUGCUCAAGUUCAAUAACUCAGGAUGAGCUCAUAGGGACAAGACUGAGAAAGACAGUAAGACGGUCCCUGUCAUCAGGUAGGGCUCUCUCCCCCACAUUUACAGCCUCAGUGCUUAAUUAGAUCAGGACUUACACCUGGUGAAAGGAGUGUGGCCAAGAAGAAUCCUUGAGUUUAUUUACAGCGACCUGCCCACAGUGUAUAUUCCAAGGUUGAAUUUAGAAAUGAAGAUCAAAUUGGUCAUUUCUGGGAAGGCCACAACUUGAAAUGGAGGUGGUUGGCUUGGGGAUAUGACUGCAUGGUAGUGUGAUCUAAAAUGCUGGCAUGGAAUUGUUUGAACCUAGAAUCUACUCAGGGACAAGUUUGUGUGGCUGUAGUGUUCAGAGAGAAAAGCUGAGGCGUUCCAGCAGUAUCUACUCUUCUACCAGAACAUGAUUCAGCACCACUGGGCUGGGCUUUCCGUGCCUCUGUGCACUAGUGACUGAUUCUAUUAUGGCUGCUGGCAGACUCCUUCAGGGAAAGAAGACCCUGACUGAGCAGUUGCCUAAGAUAAAUGGACCUGUGUGCUGACCGGAUGGCACAGCAGAUACAGAUUUAUUCAAGACCAAAGCAACAUUUUAAUAGCCGCACUCCAUGGUGGGCCUGCACCAUGUUACAUGUUACUACCUCCAAAGAUGUCAGCCAAGUGAGUGCUCACCCAUCCGGUACCUACAGCCUAGGAUAUUAGCUAGUGGGGUGCCUUCACUUGGGUGCAUUGAUCCCCGAGUAAGGCUCUUUGUUCAAGAAUAGAGCUCUUCAGCACCUGUACCCUGGGCAGGAAGCAGAGACCUGGUUCUCAGAGCCAGACCUGUGAGCACGGAACACUAGGUCUGGGGAGUAAUGUUCCCCCUGCCUCACUGUGUAGAUGUACAAGUACGAGAAAGUUGCUAAGUGGAGAAGAUAAGGAGAUGCUAGCCAGACCUAGGGAGAUGGUUUGUCUGUGUCAAAUCUGUUAAUUGACACAUAUACACAAGCACAUCAGGGAUUUCUUAUAGGCAGAACACACAAAUUCACACCUCUAAAGCCAUCGGACUCCCUUCCACUAAGAACUGCCCAACUGCAACCAUUAUCCAGUUCUAAGAGCAGACACUGAUUUUAUUUGGUUGAAGAUAUUAUGUGAAUGGAAUUAAACAUUGUAUAUUCUCUGGCUUCCACUCAGCAUGUUUAUACAAUUCUUAUUCUGUGUAUUUACAUGGUUCAUUCUCAUGAUUGUAUAAUAUUCCAUGUUGUGAAUAAACCAUAUAGUAUUUAAUCUA